UGGUGUUAAUUCUAAAUGUGUGUUGGUUUUAUCCAACAGUUCUAACAUCUUAAUCAUACCUGAUUAAUUUGAACAGUUUGAUGCUGAAAUUAACUCCUCAAAUCACAUAGUUGUUGAAUUGUAACUUGUUUUUUUUGUGCUAUGUGGAGAACUUUUAACUUUAUAGUUUCAUGACCGUUGUACACAGUUGAGCCAGUACCUGAGAGUGUGCGUGACGGAUCCAGAGCCUGUUUGUGUGCCAGCUGCCAAACUGACAAGACAGUUGACGUCUUUUCUUGCCCAGUGCUCAUUACCGCAAUCAGUCACUGCCUGAGGGUGUGUGUGGAGGACCAGAACCAGUUCUUGUACUUAGUACCAAGGUGAAAAUGCGUUCCAAAAAGCAAAAGACGAAGGACAUCAGGUUGUUUUUCACGAAAGCUGCAGCCUCCCAGGCAGGUGGAGCUGGAGCCUCCCAGGCAGGUGGAGCUGGAGCCUCUGACCCAGGUGGAGCUGGAGCCUCCCAGGCAGGUAGAGCUGCAGCCUCUGACCCAGGUGGAGCUGGAGCCUCCCAGGCAGGUAGAGCUGCAGCCUCCCAGGCAGGUGGAGCUGGAGCCUCCCAGGCAGGUGGAGCUGGAGCCUCCCAGGCAGGUAGAGCUGCAGCCUCCCAGGCAGGUAGAGCUGCAGCCUCUGAGCCAGAUGGAGCUACAGGCUCUAAGAUUUUUACACGCAGCAAAGUGAAGAAGGAAAACAAUGGUGAUCCCACGGACGGACAUUUACAUCAUUUCAAAGUGAAAUACAGUCGUACCGACAUUUAUGAAUACCCUACUGACUGUGACCAACCUCGCACAGUGCUGGAGGCAAUAAAAUCAACUGACCACUAUCAGAAGAAGAUGAAGAAGAAGUGUUUAGAUGAAAACAUUGUGAUUCAGCUGGGUAAAGAGGAUCAGAAGUCUAUUGUUGCAACACAUUUCCCCUGUUCUUGUAUCCAGGAUGGUGAGUCUCUGAUCAUAACAUGUGAGUCAGAGAAGGUUGAAGAGGCUCUAGACCAACAUGACAAAACAAUACAUUCAAGGGACAAAUAUUCUGUCUUCUAUAUUGAUACAGAAGGAGGGCUACAUACCAAACAAAAGAAGCUUUUCAGAAGUAAAGCUGUCAAACAGUUCAAGUAUCUGUGUGUUUAUGGUGAGAAGGGGAUGACUGUGGAAGAGGCUCUGAGAAGAGACGGUCGCUUCAUUGAUGACCUCGGCUCCUUCGCUCUGUCUGACAAUAGCGAUCGAAACUCCAUCACAGGACCUACAAGAGUGGUUGACAACCUGGAUAAAAAGGAAUUCAAGAUACGCCUUCCACGGAACAAGAGAGCAAAAGAUGAAAAACAGCACAGGUGUGAAUCAAGGCCAGUCUUAGAUGUAGCGCAGCAGAGAGGAAUCAGUGCCAGAACAGCACUGGAAAAAGGAGACAGUAACAUCAACAUUGAGGAGAUUUAUACAUUACUGCGUCAGCAGUUUCCAGGUCUGAAAGAGUGGAUGGAGAGUAGAUUCCCAGCUGAUUCUUAUCAGAAUGAACUGAAACUGAGGAAGGAAGACUUUGGAAAGAUCCAGCAGUCAUUCAGUGAAGUUCACAGAGUCAGGAAGCUGCUAGAACUGGGCAGGUCAGUCUGCAAGGUGGUUGUGCAGAAUGCUUGGGAGGGCACAGGCUUUGUGUUGUUUGACAGCUUCAUCUUGACUAACGCACACUUAUUCAAAGACUGUGUUGAAGGAGAAAAGCUGAAGGAGGGUAUAGAUGUGCUUGUUUUCUUUAACUAUGAAGAUCCUGAGCCACAUACAGAUUACUACUACUUCAAGCUAGCUGAUUCUCUCAUCAACUACAGAGAGAAUGAUCUAGAUUAUGCCGUACUUGAGCUCAACCCUGACAGCCAGAAACCCAACCAAACACCACAAACAAAGAAAAUGAAGGUACCACCAGGGCUCCUGAAGAGAUUUGGACCAAUGCCUCAGGAUGGUGAAGCCUGUAUCAUCGGUCAUCCUGCUGGAGGACUGAAAAAAAUGGAUCCCACAUUUGUCAUAGAGAAAGAGAAAAGGCGAAAGGUUGUCGAUGAUCAUUUACGUCAGUACAAGGAUGACCGUUUCAUUGUCCAUUUAAUUAGGGACCUGAUCAUAGACCAAGGCAUUGAAAACAUAAUGAUGGGUGGAAACAGAGCAGAACAAAUAGUGACCUACAACACCUUCAUGUAUCACGGCUCCUCUGGCUCCCCAGUGUUUGAUGCUCAUGGCCGAGUGUUUGGUUUGCACACAGCAGGAUUUGCCUAUAAACUUCACAGCCAAAAACACAGUGUGAUAGAGUUCGCCCAACCUCUGCUUACUAUAUUUGAACACUUUGUGAAUAAGCUGAAGGAAAGUGGAAAUGAGGUGUUGUUGAAGAGAGUGGCGAAAGAAGCAAAUAGUAAUCAAUACCUAAAAAAGAUACUCAAUCCCAAUGCAACUUACACUGCUGAGCCAGCAGACCCUGAUGAGAGCACAGACUCUGAUGAGUCAAUGGACACUGCUUAAGUUUUCAGAAGCUUCUUGGGCAAGUUUCAAAUACAACAGGCUGCAUAGAUUCCUAUAUUUUUUUUCUUCAAUCUAUUCUCCCAAUCACUGAAUGAUUAACUAAUUUACCAAAUCCCAUAAAAAUAACUUUCAAUGCUGCCCUUCCUGUGUGUCAAUCUUUUGUGUAUUUGGGGGCAGGGCUGGGAAUUAACACCCACAAUGCGCCUAAUGAGGGUAGAUUUUCCGUUCGGCGGCUAAAUGUUGGAAGGCUAUCCGCCACAAUGGCAGGUGAACAUAUUAGUUACAAUAUUGCCAUAUAUAUAUAUAAUAGGUUUUUGACAUCACCAGCUGAAGUCACAGCAGCUGCAAAUAAAACAAGAAGAAGACGAAAAGCAGCGUGACGGGUUCAGGGCAGAUGAUGCGUUGCUAAUUUUUAUUAGCUAUUUCAGUAUUUAUGCAUUUGCCCGUAAAAUAGAUACGUACGAACCACAAAAAUGAGUCUACAGUCAUUUUUGUGCAUGAAUGGUGAUGAUUUUUUUUGUUUUUAGUUUAAGAUGAAUGAUUAAUAAGCAUCUUGUAAGUUUAUAAAAUUUACUGCUAUGUGUACAUUUAAUAGCAAUAAAUUAAUUUCCCUUCAAAUUUAAA